CUCAAUGGGGAUCCACACGCAAAGCUAAUCGUAGAGGGCACCAGCGGCGCCAUGGCUGCUGUCAAAUUGUUGUAGAUUAGUUUACAUGAGGAGAUUUUGCUUUUCUUUGUAUUGAAACUGGUUGACCAUCGAUCAUUUUAAGAUGUAUUGUACCUGGAAGCUUAAAGAAUUGAAAGACGAACUAAAAAAACGAGGAGCGAAGAUAACUGGAAAGAAAUCAGAUCUUGUUGAGAGGUAGGCUUGUAUCUACUAAAAUAUUAUACACCUGUAGACAUAUAUAUACAAGUUAAGGAUUUGGAGCUAGUUUUGUUUGGAACGUGUUAAUUAUUUCUUGAUCAAUGUUAGGAAAAUUUAGAGAACAUUACUCAAAUCAUAAAUGGUAUUUUUUGCUUUUAGGUUAGAAUCAUAUGACCGAAAUUUUAAUUUCGGCAAUCAAAGCCCUGUAGCUUCUCAAAGUCAAGCAAUUGAUGUUCCUGCUGUGGAACUUUACCAGGACGUUAAUAGCUGCACGAUAUUGCCAAAGAUUACCAAAAAACAUAUUCAAAGUUAUUUUGAUAGAUUCAAUAAAAAUAUCAGUGAUGCAGUAAAAUUGUAUGAAUCAAGAUACAUACUUAAAAGGUUUUUGCAAGGCAUCUAUGAAACAACUACAAUAUGAGGUAAACAUCAAAUUAAAUAAUGAUGGAAUGCCUGAAGAAGCAACAUGUGAAUGUGCAGCAGGAGAAGGCAAAGAAGCCCAUUGUAAACAUGUAGCUGUGGUACUUAUUGCUGCUGAAAAUAUUGUUAAGGAAAAAAUAAUACUGCUACAUGAAGUUACGACAUCACAACUUCAAACGUUUCAUAAGCCUACAAAAAAAUAUUAUGCCACACCAUUGCGAGCCUCCAGAUUGCCAUCCAAAAGGGAUUUACAUAACAUUGUUUACUCUCCAUAUUUAAAACAAAACCCUUAUUUUGAUAAAAAGGCAUUCCAAUGCAGGUUUCAGUCCCUGAUUUUAAAUUAUCCACUCUCAUCGAUGCCCCUUAAACAAUUAUUUCCAGCAGCUAACCAACGAGCAAUAUGUUUAGAUCAUAAAUAUAUGGAAAAAAGUGCACAGGAUGUUUUUUUAGAAUCCAUUAAUUUACAAAAUUUAACUGAAGAAAGAUUAGUGGAAAUCGAACUGGAGACUAGAGGACAAAGUUUCAAUCCAAAGUGGCAUGAGUAUCGACAAACGCACAUCACAUCAAGUAUAUUUCACACUGUGUGCCAUUUGAGAAGUGAAACUUUAGUAAAAUAUUGUAACCAAAUAUUAAAUAAAAAUCUAGUCCAAACAAGAGCGAUGGCACACGGGAUGAUUAAUGAAAAAGUAGCCAUUAAAAAAUAUAUGGAGAUUUAUGGGGUGGUUGUUGAAGAGUGUGGAUUAUUUUUGUCUCAGGAACGACCUUAUCUAGGAGCAUCUCCAGAUGGCUUACUAGGAUCGGAAACAAUAAUUGAAGUAAAAUGCCCUUAUGCUUCCAGAAACCAAGAAAUCGGUCCUCUUACAGUACCUUACCUACAAUUUGAUUACAAUGGACAACUUACUUUAAAAAAAACUAAUAUUUAUUACUAUCAAAUUCAAGGGCAAUUAUAUGUAACAAAAAGAAAAUUUUGUAAUUUAUUAGUUUUUACCUAUAAAAGUUUAAAAGUAAUAUUUAUUGAACGUGAUGAACAGUUCAUUACGGAUAUGUUGAGAAAACUUGAUUAUUUUUAUUACAACUUCUUUAAAAAUGCUGUAACCAACAAAUAUUUUUUUAAGGAUUAAGAUUUUAUAAUAUGCUAGGGCUGAAUCUGAAUGAGAGGGUGAGAAAUUGUGUGAUAAGAGAAAAGUGUGUUUUAAAAUGUGAUGUUGUGAACAGGAUUAAGAAAGAAAUUCUUUGGUGGUUUGGUCGUGUGGAAAGAAUGAACAAGGAAAGAGUGACAAAGCAAAUUUAUAUAACAGAUGUGAACAGCAGAGUCGGGAAGGGAUGCCCUAGACUAAGGUUUAUCGACCAAAUUGGAAAUAAAUUGAAAAUGGGCCAGAUUAACAGAACCCUUAACCAACGAGCAUGUAUGACUGUAUGUAUAUGGAUGUAAAGGAGGCGAGAGAGAGGUGUGUCAGGAUUGUGUUAAAUGGAAGUCCGUAGUCUCUGUUUACCCCUCUGGAUAACAAGCGUGUUUAUAUUGUUUUUUAAGAUUUUAUAAUAAACUAUAUGAACAGUUAU